AACAAUUCCAAGUUCUUCAAAAAAAUACAGUUUGUUUUCUCUCAGUCUAUAACACUAUUUGCUCAAUUUUCAAACACAAAAUUAAUCAUGGAUAACUCCCAGAACAUGAGCUACCAAGCUGGGCAAGCUAAGGGCCAAGCCCAGGAAAAGGGUAACCAGAUGAUGGACAAGGCUGCAAAUGCUGCACAAUCUGCCAAAGAAACAAUGCAGGAGGCGGGGCAGCAAAUGCAGGCCAAGGCACAAGGGGCAGCUGAUGCAGUUAAAAAUGCCACUGGCAUGAAAUGAAGAUCCUAUUUUAUACUUUUAGGCUGCCAGAAUGGGCUCUUAUUUUUCAGAAUUUUGAAGUUUAUGUUUUCAUUUCAAAUUAGAGACGCAAAUUCUGUUGCUUAGAUUGAGUAUUGUUGAGAUUUCUUGUUUCUGAAUUAUAGAAGAAGCUGUUCAUAGGUCACACUAUCACAGCUUAGUUCUUUCUUCUUUGUUUCACUAAUAAUACAUAGUUUUUGGUUCUAUA